AUGGGAGAGAUCGUGAAUGUCGUUGUAGCUGUCGCCGUGAUUGUACUGGUCGUGCGCUGGGCCGCCUCCAGUGGAAAAGAUGCCUCGGGGGCCCCGUCGCCCUCGUCCGUGUUGGGGUUCCGGCCGAGGAAUGUAACAAACGAGAUGGUCGACGCCGUGCACAAUAUGUUCCCAGAUAUCCCAAAAGACAACAUCCGCUUCGACCUACUAAGGACAGGAGACACCCAACUCACCUCCACCAAGAUCCUCGAACGUGGUUUCCUCCCCGCCCCCCCGCCCGCCUACUACACCAUCUACCCACGCAGCGCCGACACCCCAGCACCCGCACAGCCCGCCGCCACGCCCGCCGCCGGCCCGUCAAAGCCAAAGCAGCCAGCGAAUCUCCUCACGCGCUACCACCUCGAGUCGCGCGCGGCGAGCACCGGGGUGAGCGUGGCCGCGUCACCCGAGCAGGCGGGCGGCAAGGCGGUCUGGGAGGACACGGCGGAGAAGCGGGAGGCGAGCCUGCGCGAGCGCAAGGCGCAGAUGAUCCUCGCUGCGAGAGAGCGAAUGCGCGCACAGCGGGAGAAGGAGACGGCCAGGACUGUGUGA